AAAAAAAAAAAAAAAAAAGUUCCGGUGGCGGCAGUGACGCGUCUUUGCACCGCAGAGAAAUGGCGUUAAAGUUUCUCGGAGGCCGAUAUUUCACAUUCACAACCAACAUGGCGGCAGUGACUCAGUCUUACAGCUCGUCCGCAGCCUCCGGCCGACAGCGCGUCAACGGAGCGGAUCUGUACUACGAGCAGACGGGCCGAGGGAAACACGGCGUGCUGCUGCUUCCUGGAGCUCUGGGAAGCACGAGGACAGAUUUCGGUCCUCAGCUCAAGUCUCUGGACAGGGAACGCUUCACCGUGGUCGGCUGGGAUCCGCGCGGCUACGGACGCUCCCGUCCGCCGGACAGAGACUUCCCCCCCGACUUCUACGAGCGAGAUGCAGCGGACGCGGUGGAUCUGAUGAAGGCGCUGGGCUUCGGGAGGUUCUCUCUGCUGGGGUGGAGCGACGGAGGAAUCAGCGCUCUGAUCGCAGCGGCGGGAAACUCCGACCUGAUCCGCAAGAUGGUCGUGUGGGGAUCCAACGCCUUCAUCACGCAGCAGGACCUCGACCUUUACGACGCGGUCCGCGAUGUGUCCAAGUGGAGUGCGAGGAUGAGGCAGCCCCUGGAGGACGUGUACGGAGCGGAGGCCUUCGCUGACACCUGGGAGGCCUGGGUGGACGGGGUCGCGCAGUUCAUCAAACGACCUGCAGGAAACAUCUGCAUGGAGCUGCUGCCCCUCAUCACCUGCCCCACCCUCAUCAUCCACGGGGAGAAAGACCCCAUGGUGCCCACCCUCCACGCCCAGUACCUCCACAAACACAUCCAGGGCUCCCGGUUACACUUGAUGCCGGAGGGGAAACACAAUCUGCACCUGAGGUUCCCUGAUGAGUUCAACAAGCUGGUGGAAAACUUUCUGGAAGACUGAAACACGCUCUCACUGCAGCUUUUCACAAUAAAAGAUUUCAUUUUUUUGUCAAAUUA